AUGGAGUCGUUGAAGGUGCACAAUUCCCUGAAGCCCGGCCAGCCGGUGCCUUUCACCCCGAUCAACCCAGGAAAGGUAUCCUGGUACGCUUGCGGACCUACAGUUUACGAUAAGAGCCAUUUGGGCCAUGCGCGCAACUAUGUCUCCACCGAUAUUAUCCGUCGCAUCAUGAUGCACUAUUUUGGUGCUGAUGUGAAGUUUGUAAUGAACAUUACAGACGUCGAUGACAAGAUCAUCAUCAAGGCCCGCAGACAGCGACUACUAGAACUCGAGAAGCAAAAGAAGUACUCGGAAGAGGAGCUCCACAACCUCGCCCUUACUGCUUUCCGCGCGUACGCCGACAAGAGCUUGCCUCUUCUCAACACAUCCGACGGUCAACUGGACGAGAAGAACUACCUCGAGCGGAGGGAUAGUGCAUACGGCAAGGUGCUGGCGGGUGGUACGCUGACGGGGGAGGGCAAGCCAGGCGACGACGAGGCCAAGACGAAGAUGCACAUUAGCAACAUGGAUGCUGCCGCAUUUGCGAUCAAAGACAAGAAGUUCUUCCCCGGCAUUGACGAGAUACUGCUUCCCUACCUCGACUCCUUGUACAAGGAGACGAUCGAUACCAGCGAUCAGACCAUUUUCACAGACCUGACCCAGAGCAUGGAGAAGCUCUUCUUCGACGACAUGGACGCCCUCAACUGCUUGCGCCCCGACGUUAUCACGAGAGUCACCGAGUAUGUGCCCCAGAUUGCGGCCUUUGUCGAGCGCAUUGUGGAUAAGGGUUUCGCGUACGAGUCUGACGGCUCCGUCUACUUCGACAUUACGGCUUUCGAGAAGGCGGGCAACACCUAUGCGCGCUUGCGUCCUGGUAACCGGAAUGACAAGUCGUUGCAGGAGGACGGCGAGGGUGCCCUCUCAAAGAAUUUGGGCGAGAAGCGUAACGAGGGUGAUUUCGCGCUGUGGAAGAAGUCGAAGAAGGGAGAGCCCUAUUGGCCCAGCCGAUGGGGUCAGGGUCGUCCGGGCUGGCACAUUGAGUGCUCUGUCAUGGCCUCCGACAUCCUCGGUGCGCAGAUGGACAUUCACUCCGGAGGUAUCGACCUGGCAUUCCCCCACCACGACAACGAACUGGCGCAGAGUGAGGCUUUCUACUGCGAGAAAGAGAAGGGAGAGCACACGUGGGUCAACAACUUCCUGCACAUGGGACACCUGUCCAUCUCUGGAUCCAAGAUGUCCAAGUCUUUGAAGAACUUCCAGACCAUCCAGGACGCACUUGCGACAACUUAUUCGUCGAGGGGCAUGCGCAUUGUUUUCCUGAUGGGCAAGUGGAACGAUGGCGUUGAGAUUUCUCCUGACAUGCGAGCUCAAGCAUCAAGUUGGGAGGCGACCGUCAACAACUUCUUCUCCAAUGUCAAGGCGCUCGUUGCCGACGCAAACGCGUCGACAGAGGGUGUCGAGUCCCUCUCUAUUGCCGACAAGCCAACUGAGGGCCUGCUGGCUGAGCUUGAGAAGGCCAAGACCGACCUGCAUGCCGCCCUCGCCAACUCCUUUGAUACCCCUCAGGCGAUGCGCAUCAUCCAGGAAUUGGUCAGCGAGGCGAACAAGAUCAUUGUUGCCCAGGACGCCGAGGCGAAGUUGCCUGAGCUGGUGGCCGUCGGUCACUGGAUCACGAAGAUUCUCGGGAUUUUCGGGCUGGACGAGAACGCCAAUGCUCCCUACGAUGGCCUUGGCUGGGUAUCUGUCGCAAAGAAGGAUGUGCAGCCUGAGACGGUCGUGCAGCCGUACGCUGCUGUCUGGCUGAAGGUCAAGUCUGAUGUCGAAGCGUUGAAGCUCUCUUCGGAGUCCAUCUCCACCUUCCUCAGCCAGAACCCCGAUGCCGAGUUCUCGUCAAUUUCGCAAAAGGGCGUGUGUGACCCUGAGCAGCUGGCGCUGCCGUACCUGCGAGCUAUCUCGAGGUUGCGCGACGAGCUUCGCCACAUAGUAUCGUCGGUCUCGCCCGACACCAAGAAAGCCAUCCUGUCCCUCACCGACCGGAUUCGUAACGAGGACCUCACCGUCUUGGGUGUUUCCCUGGACGACAGGCCGGACGGCAAGCCGUCGCUGAUCAAGUUCGUCGAUGCCAGCGAGCUGAUCGCGGCGAGAAACGAGAAGCUAGCCCGAGAGGCCGAGAAGGCACGGGCCAAGGAGGAAGCCAAGCGCGCCCGCGAGCAAGCCGAGAAGGAGAAGUGGGAGAAGGCUAAGCUUUCCCACACGGAGAUGUUCAAGGGAGACGAGAGGUACUCGGAGUGGGACGCGGAGGGAUUGCCCACCAAGAUGAAGGACGGAAGUGAUGUGCCCAAAGCGCAGUUGAAGAAGCUGCAAAAGGAAUGGCAACGACAGAAGAAGGCUCAUGAGGAGUAUCAGGUCAAAUUCGGAGCGGGAAAAGCAUAG